CCGGCGGGAGGCUGGGCUGGGCCCGGCCCCGCCGCCAUGGCCGAGGGCUCGGCGGAGCUGGAGCUGUUCCGCCGCCGCUGGCGGGAGGAGCUGGCGGGGGGCGCGAAGCGGCGGCGGCGGGAGGAGGAGGAAGGGGCGGCGGCGGCGGAGCAGCAACCCGAGAGCCGCCGCAGCGCGGAGCCGGGCGAGCCGGGCUACCUGGCGCUGGCCCGCGGCCUGCUGGACGGCGGCGCCCCGGCCUGCCGCAGCCCGUCGCCCGCCCGCCCCGCCGAGCAGUCCGCGGGGGACGGAGGCAGCGACGGCGACGACCUGCUGGGGCAGCUCAUCCGGGACCUGAAUGAAAUAAAUGAGGUUCCAUUCUUUGAUAUCCAGCUGCCUUAUGAACUGGCACUGAAGAUAUUUCAGUACCUGGGCAAGACUGAAUUGGGAAGGUGUGCUCAGGUCAGCAGGACGUGGAAGGUACUUGCAGAAGAUGAAGUGUUGUGGUACCGGUUGUGCCAACAGGAAGGAUACCUAUUAGAUACGAGCAUCUCCGAUCAUUCCUGCUGGAAGCUCGCCCUCAAGAACUGCCGGGCCAGAGAGCGCACUUUGAAAACCAACUGGAAGAACCGCAUCGGUGCUGUGAGCCAGCUGCAAUAUGAGCUGGGGAAGAUUCUGUGCGAUGUACAUUCUUGCGAUGGCGUUGUUAUUGCUGGAUAUACAUCAGGAGAAGUGAGGUUGUGGGACACUCGCACCUGGGACUACACAGCCCCCAUCCUGGAACCAAUGCACGGUCCUGGUGAUGCUGGACCUCAGCCACAUGUCUCCUUUGUGAGGAUAAACAGCUCUCUGGCUGUAGCAGCUUACGAGGAUGGAACGGUCAGUGUGUGGAGCCUGAUGUUCGGGCGGGAGCCGAUCCAUCGGUACCAGCACAAUCAGAGGAUACAGGCUUUAGCUCUCGGUUCAGAGGGUGCGACGGUAGCAACGGCAUCUGGCUUCGAGGUCAAAGUGGAAAGCCCUAAUGACAGAGGAUUCUGGCAAACUACACAAACAUUUGAAAUCCAGAAAUUGGUCAACUUCCUUAAGCUGGUUCCAGAUGUUACGGGGAGUCCAGUGACAGUGGCAGCUGCAGAAGACAUUGUCUAUCUCCUGAAAGCAGAAGAUCCUGGCAAAGUUCUCCAUUCUGUCUAUGGUCAGCCUGUCACGUGUCUCGAUGUGUCUGCUCACGAAGCAGCCUUUGGGGUCAAAACCUUUGGCUGGUUAUUGAAUGAGCCCAACCAGAUUCUUCUUUACAAUCUGGAAACAAGUCAGUGUCUGAAGAAGAUGGGCAACUCGAUGGGUGACUUUACGUGUGUCAACCUCCAGAACAGUCCUCCAAACAUGCUUGUGACAGGCAAUAAAGACAGAAGGGUCAGGGUAUUCGAUCUCCGCAAAAGCGAAUCUUUGUGCUCCUUCUAUGCCCACCAGUUAGGAGUGUCUGCGGUCCAGAUGGACGACUGGAAGAUCGUCAGCGGAGGAGAAGAGGGCUUGGUCUGUGUGUGGGACCAACGGAUGGGCACCAAACUCUGGGAAAUGCACGCCAGGCAUCCGGUCCGCCACGUGUGGUUUAAUUCUCAUAGCCUCAUCACUGCAAACAUCCCCGAUGACAAAACUCCCCGAGGCGCCAGCAUCACGGAUGAUGACCUUACCGCGCACCGCAAGCAUCGAGGAAUCAUUUAUGCCUACGAGUUCUCAGUGGACCAGUUGGCGGUAGAAAGCGUCCUUCCUAUUUGCCGCUCCUCCUACGAUGAAGUGACUGGUUACAACUACAACAUUGGCCUUGCAGUUCCCUACGAUAACAUUUAGGUAACUCGCUUUACUUGGCUUCUGUGGUCCGGCCCUCUGCCAAGUACAUGGCCAAAGGCAAAAAGGAGAUCCAGAAGGAUCCAAGCGCCAAAAAGAUGGCGUGGGCCGUAGGCGCAUCAAACCGGCUGAGCGAUUGCCGAAAACCUGGGGGUAUGGACCAGAAGAGAGAGGAUGGCUGCCCUCGAGCGUAUCGCUAAAAUACGUUGCUGCGCAAAUGUUCGAAGGUCCACUGUGGUGGAAGGGAGAGUCUGAAGAGUGAAGGGGAGCAGUACGCUUCCGUGGAAACAAAAAUGUUCCUUUCUGCUGCUUGUGGGAAAAACGCUGCUGACCCCAUCUUGGCAGGGGUCACGGUCAGGGAGCGAGAGCCCCGGGUGGCAAACUGCUGAAGUGGUGGGAGGCUGGGGAGUUCAUGCCUGUCCUGAGAGGGAAAGGAAAAACACCAAGGACUUGGGAAAAGCAUCUUGCUGAGCCACAUCUUUGAAAUUUGUUUCCUUGUAACAAGCUGCUCAUUCUUCUUUUCCUGGGAGCGCAUCGGAAUGUGUCUAGGAGCAGGACCCUGCACAAAAGGUUACGGUGGUUGGGAGAGGGGGAGUAUGGUGGAGAGAGGGAGGGGAAGGUUGGCCUUGGCCAGGCCGGAUGCUUGGAAACACAGCAGGCCACAGGCAUCAAAAUUAUUUUUAAAUAAAUUAUUUUUUUAAGUCUCUAAAAUUCUGUAUUAAAUGUUUUUAAUUGUAUACGUACGUGUUUGUGGGGGUUUUUUUGUUCGUAAGCCUUUUAGGGUGAACUAACCCCUGUGCACUGAGACAAGAGGCUGUUGUGUCUCGGGUGAGUUGUCGGGUAUGUUCUCUGCUGGGUCGUGGCCCUCCACGGCACCCGGAGGCUUUCCCCGCUGUCUGCGACUUGGGUUUCUGACACCGUCCUCACUUCUGAGCUGGGAAUUCAUCACCUUGGUUUAGUGAAGCAGAAGGCACGAACUGGCCGCAAUCCCUCUGCUGUGGAGAAGCACCAAGGCUGAAGGAGAUGGUGUAGAACCCCAGGUGAAAGGAGGAGUAAGGCGAGUAAGGCUUUCUCUUAAAUCCGAGCUGCGCUGACAUAGGUAGAAUCAGUUUGGCGAACAAGAGCUCGAGUCCUGCGUGGGUAUCUUUUACUUUUUUAAAACUAUUUUGUGGUUGUGAUUUGCCCUUGUAAACUUACUGGUGCAAGGCAAAGCCACGUAAAUCAAGUUUAAAUUGAGAUUAGGUUUUAAUUUAACACCUUUUCGCUGGCUUAACGGAAUCCAUUUAAAUGUACCGUGCUGGAGCAGUGCAGGAAAUGUGUCCGGACCUGCAGGAGAGGGGCUGCGGGGCUGUCACUUCAGCCCUCGACCAGUCACCGAGGCACCCCUGGAGAGCUUGGUGCUGGCCUCCUCCUGCCUGGAGACGGGCAGAUUUCACAGCUCUUCCUUGGCUUUGGCUUGGGGUAAUUUUCCGUGGCCCCUAGGCCACCUUUCACUUGUGGGUUUGGGUUUUAACAGU